CGUAUGUGCAAGGCCCCUAUCUCCCGCACUGUCUCAAUGUCAUGUGACCUCACGUGAUCGUAGUCUCGCGGACAAACUCGAUUCACUGUACGACAGUUGCGCAAAUUCAUUUUGCGGCGUAGCAACCGGCUGGGCUGACGAUGUCUGGACACAGCCAUGGGCAUGGCCAGUGUCAGUGCGAGGGGCAGCUGGACCCCGCCGAAAGAGGCCUGGAAUAUGGCCUCUUUCGGAAGAUCGACCAGGAGAGGCUGGAGUGUUUGAAUGAGGCGAGUGAGGGCUCUGGCAAACUGGUCUUCAAGCCCUGGGAGGAGAGGCAGGACCGGACUAAGUUUGUAGAAAGUGACGAUGAUGAGGAGCUACUGUUUAAUAUUCCUUUCACUGGCAAUGUGAAGCUCAAAGGAAUAAUAAUAAUAGGGGAUGACGAUGAUACCCAUCCUUCAGAAAUGAGACUGUAUAAGAACAUCCCACAUAUGUCAUUUGAUGACACGGGCAGAGAACCGGAUCAGGUAUUUCAGCUGAGCCGGGAUCUCUCCGGUGAAGUAGAAUAUGCAACAAAGAUAGCUCGUUUCUCAAAUGUUCACCAUCUUUCCAUUCACAUAACCAAGAAUUUUGGUGCAGCAACUUCAAAAAUUUAUUAUGUAGGUUUGCGAGGAGAGUGGUCAGAGGGCCACAGGCAUGAAGUGACACUUUGUACAUAUGAAGCUUCUGCCAACCCUACAGAUCAUAAAAUUGACCUCAUCACUCCUCAGACACACUUCAUUGCUUAAAAUAUGACUUCUGAUACUCCAACAUGUAUGGAAAAAUGAAGACUGCACUAACAAGAAGAAAACACUUCUAGAAUUUCAGGGACUUCUUCAGUAAAUUUGCAGUGAAAUAGAAUACAGUACAAUAGAAAACAUCCAAACAAUUGUGUCUAUCUUGUAAAUUAUAAACCAGCAAAGAUGUUCAAGCAGAAGAUUAAUAAGGAGGCACCAUUCACUCUUUAAUUGGAGUCUGCAGUUGCUGCUUUAAUUCAUAAGACUCAAAAUACAGAUUUGGCAACUAAAUAGAAGCUAAAUAGCAUUUGAUAUUCUAGACCUAAAGCAAGAGUUUCCAAGUUAAUACCUGAUUUUGAUUUUUCAUCAAUAGUGUUUCACAUGUAUUUGAAAAUAUAUGUUGAAAAUCUGAGUUCUAUGUGCCACUGUCAAAAUCUGCACAUCAGAAUAAUCUGUUGCUUGUGAUGUUUUUCUACUCCUGUAGCUAUUUAAUUCUUUGAGCAAUAAUGCAGUCUGCAAGCAUGAUCACUUAAAACUUGUAUUUCUCAUUAAUUACAUAAUGGGAAAACAUCUUUUUAAAAGCUACACUAAUGUCUAAUCAAGAUUCCUAAAGUCUGCAUCUGUGAUUGGCAACCUCAUUGAUUUUGUAAUUUUCAGGGAUUGAGCUUUAUCAGAAUCAAGUAGAUUCAUAACUAUGCUGUUUAAAUGCUAUAAGAAGCAUAAACUGAUGUCAGUGAUCUUGAAAUUAUGAAGAAAAACUCUUAAAUGAGAUCAACGAUCAAGAGCAGGGACAACACAAAUGAUCUCUCUGAAAUUGACACAAAAUGUAUUGAUUUCAUAACGAAAUAAUCCAAUAACAUCCUUAUUGGUCCUAAAUAAAUUGCUAUCAGUCUUUUCCAUCUUUGUCUGCAAGUUGCUGUUUUUCCCUGAAUGCCUUUGUGUAUUAGAUUACGUAACCAUGAAGAUCAUUGUGCCCUUUGUGUAUCAGUGAGGUGAAUGGAGGUUCACUGUGCUGUAGUUUAAAACUUGCAUUGACAUUUUGCCCUUAUAGCCACUUUGCUUGAACUUAUCUGUUACACACUCUGGAUUUGGAAGUUACGGUGAUGAUACGAGAAAAUGCAACCAUUGCUUUGAAGAGAAAAUAAAUCUUUAAAAUUA